GUUUUCCUUGGUAAUUCGGCACGCACGGUGGAAACCUCGCUUGAAAGCUGCCGCUAUGGAAAGCGUGAGACGUCGUCCUUAUAAUGCCACACUGGCGUGAUCACGGACCGCUCAUGCCGCCGACUUCAGCGACGAGAUGUGGUAAGGUGGGGAAAGGCGCCCUAUGCCGCACAUCGCACUAUGUCUGCCUUCCAUACGGCGUGAAUAGACGAGCUUCCACAGUCCUCUCACCAUCUAUCCUGAUAGUCCAGCGUUGAGCAACUGGCCACUUGACAAGCUGAUGAGCUUCAACUAUGGCGGAUGACAUUGGCACCGUCAGAGCAAGCUGCCUUUGCGGCAACAUCAGGUACAAUAUUGACCUGCCUCGCGCAGACUACCCUUUGAGAGCUGGCUUUUGUCAUUGCAACUCGUGCCGUCACGUGUCAGGAACAUUAUGUAUGACCAUGGUUUUCCCACCAAAGCGAUUCCAGCCUUCCGCACACCUACUGAACCAAAUGCACUCGUUCCAGUUCUCGGAGCGCUGUACCCAAUACUCGUGCACAACUUGCGGAUCAAAGAUGCUUGAGCGACAAGGCAGCCACGAUCUUGUUGAUAGCCAAGUCACUUGGGGCAUCAUGUCUGGAACGCUUGAGAAGGCAGAUGGUGUGUUCGAGGUCAAGUAUCACUGCUGGAUUGAAGACACUCUGGACGGUGGAUUCAGCGACUUCUUCCAGCCUACGAAAGGAGAUCAUCCCGAACGUUGGCUUCGUGGCGAAGGUCAGUCGGAGAAGUCGCCGUUGUUCUGGCAGUCGCCGACGUUUCUGAACGCGCAGCCUCCACCUCAAGACCGGCUGCAUGCGCACUGCAAAUGCGGCGGCGUGAGCUUCUACAUUGCACGCCCUUCCACACAGUCUGCACUUGGCAAGGCACCCUGGCCGGAUGUACUGAUUCCGUUUCACUCUAUGGCGCCCAAGCCCCAGGAUGGGGCAUGGUGGCUGGCGGCCGGAGGGACCAAGUUUCUCGCCGGAGUCUGCAGUUGCGACUCUUGCCGUCUAGCAUGCGGCGUUGAGUGGGUGGAAUGGGCCUUUGUGCCUGUGUCCGACAUUACGCUGGACGCAGACGGCAGGACUUCUUUCUCGCGCGAGUUUGGCAAGCUAAAGCGGUACGAAUCCUCACCUGGAGUUCGAAGGUAUUUCUGCGGCGGAUGCGCAGCUACGAUUUUCUGGGACGGGGAUGAGCGUCCGGACGUGAUAGACGUCGGUGUUGGCUUGCUUGAUGCUGCGGAAGGCGCUCGCGCUGAGAGCUGGUUGCAGUGGCGAUCCCAGAGGAUUAGUUUCAGGGAGGAUGCUAUUCCAAGGGCGGAGUCAUUGAUACUGGCUGCUGAAAAUGGAAUGAAGCAGUAUGGGCACAAAUAUCAGGGUAUUCCAUUCAAGUAGUAAUACAGUACGCUCGUGAAUCAAGCUUCUUGACCCACGCUUUCG